UAAUUACAGCAUAAAAAAGAGGAUCAUUAGCUGAAUUAGUCUGACUGCGCUGGCAGAGAUUGAUAAGAAUUGUCGGUGACGUCAUUGUUGUCACCGACAAUUCAGAAGUGUGAUUCAGAACAAAUUCAGUUGAAAAUUGAGUGUUUGUGUUAUUUUUUUUUUUUGGAGGAAAUCAGCAAAUUCCCUCCAAAAAGAAACAGCUCAAUCAGAUUGUGUGCGACAUUCUCAUUCUCAACUAACUUUUUUCUCUGUGGGCUAUAAAAUAUCGAAAUAAUGGGUGUGAGUGUAUUUAUUUAAUGUUCUUUUCUUGUUGCCCACAACACCAGAGUGCGAGAGAUUGAUGUUUUGAGGGAAUAUAUGUGUUAGCCUCUAUUUUGUGUGAAAACGGCGGAAAAACGAAGGAGUGUUCUUGUGCUCGUCUCAUAACGCGCGCUUUUAGUUCGAUUCGUCCAGUUGAUUGCCAAUCGUGCAACAGUGAAAGUGUUCUUCGCAGUUUUUUCUCCGCAAAACAUUAACAAAAAAAAAAACCUUCCCAGUUUUACAUUAAAAAAAAUCACAAUAAACCAAAAAAUCCGAAUCAACUGAGUUUCUUUUGUGCCAUUUAAAAAAAAAACCAAGACAAGAUCCAAUAUGUCGCACUCCGUCACCAUCACAAGAACAACCACAACAACCAGUGGGUCCUCGACGCUACUCCUCAACACGGGAUACAUGAAGACCUUUCCUGGAUUGCUAAAACUAGCACAAUUGCUCCUUGGAGCACUUGUGGUAGGAAUUCUGGGCUACUACAUUAGGCGAUUCAACUAUCUCGUCUCCGUAUCUGCCAGUGAACUCUUCUUCUUCACCAUAGCCGUAGCAUUUCUCAUAGGCACCUUCUGCCUCCUACUGUCUUGCCUGAUAUCUCUCAGUACUGGAGGAAUUAUUUCUAAAACGAUUUAUGAACUCAUCUACCAUACCGUUGCCUUCAUUCUCUAUCUGGCCGCAUCUAUUGCAUUUCUCGUGGAAGUUGUCAACAAAACAUCUUCGAGAUCUAGCAUUUACGACUGGUAUAUGGCAGCUUCAGUAAUUGGUCUGGUAGUUUCCGGACUUUACCUCCUGAGUGCCUUCUUGGCCCAGAGAUCUUACAGAGGCAUAUAAAAUACUCAGCUGGGAGAUUAUUGACUCUCCAGAGAGACGCUUCCACAGAAAACAAUGCUAUAUUUUCAUUUAUCUAUUUUUUUUUUGUAUAUUUUUGUUAUGUCAUAUUUUUUUGUAUCUCUAUGUAUUUAACAUAUUGUCCCCCUCUUUUCUCUUCAAUGUGUGAAAUAUUUCCAAAAUGUGUAAAAGCCAUUACUAGCAUUUGCACUGUAUUUGAUGUCAAAGAAAAAUAUACUAAUUCUCCUACACCAAA